AUGUUUGGCCACACGAUGGCAGUUCUGCAGUUCAGUCAGCAGAAAAUGACCCAGGUAAAAUGUUUGAACUUUCAUCUUACUUUGUGCCUGCUAGACUGCUAAUACAGCCGUCUCCAUGAAACGUCUCUAGCUCUAGUGGCAAGGAGUGAAAGAGGAUAGCUAUAUUCACAGUCAGACUACUUAUUUUGUUAGCCAAAAGUAAUAUGUUAUUGUUAAAUGCCUUGUGAACUUUAUACAGCUGUACAUGUACAUGAGCAUGCCCUGUCUCAGGCCUUCAAUGUUAUUGAUAUUAUUCUUUUUCAGGAGGAAAUUGAAGCUGAGAAAAACCGUAUCUGUGAGUAUUUCAAAACUGGGGAAGGCAAAGACGUUCAGCUCACAUCGCUUUAUCUUCAAAUAAACCCUACAAGGUUUGUGUUGCUUAAAAUUAAUUAUGAAUCAUUAUUAUUUGAGGAUAGCUUAAAACAACUGCAUGCCAGUCAAUUAGUAGCUCCCAGUUAUGUGUUGUGAUCGUUAUCCUAUAGUAUUAUUCCAGUGUUGUCACCAGGAUUUUGCCUUGGGAGUCCCAGGGCCCCCUCUGUUGAGAAAUAGGGGCCCUGUAAGAACAUUAGGUGGACAAAGUUACUCAUGACCCACGAUUGUUGUGGAAAAAUUCUUUGUGAUUCUUCAUGAUCUGUUGGUGAAUUACUUACCUGAUCCAAUAUGGCAGACGGGGUGUUUAUGAUUCGAUAAUGGUGCAUGCGCCAAUCUUCACAGUGUACGUGGGACCAACGAAAGUAAGGAAAUAAAUUUGAAGACUUUGAAUCUUUUGAUAUCACAGGGUUGUUAAAAGUAGCCGGCUGCCGGCGAAAAUUGCCACGUACUUGGUUAUUAUAGGCCGGCUACUCUGCUUGGCUUUUCUUUACGGACGGCGUUUUUUAAAUAAAAUGUCCCUGGACUGUCCGCUUACUUUCACAACUCAGCGCGUCUACUUCGAAACUUUCUGAUAACCCUGAUAUCAUGUUUUUUAUUUAUUCGGCCAAGCAAAAUGCUGGGGUGUUAGAUUGACCAUUAAAACUACUUAACUGUAGACGUUCUAAAGUCUGUUUGACUUGUAGCAUGCCCCUUUGCCCUAAUCCCAUCUCCUUGGCUUUUUAUGCGCCAUCUCAGAUUUUCUUGCGGGAAUCCCACAAGCCCGUGGCCUGGUGAGAACUGGUGAUUAUUACCUACAUAAAUUGUUGAUUUUAUUAGUGCUGGUGUGAUUUCCUUUGCAGAGCUGUUGGUGGUAAUGCAGAAGCUCCAUUUGCACACAUUAUGGGUGAAGAGGUGGGUUCAACCAUGUCCCUUAUGUAGGGCUAAGACUUUGGAAGGAAAGGCAUGCUUGAAGCAAACGCUUUAAAUCCUCUCUGAGAUGACAUGAACAUACUCCUGUUUGCUAAGAACUUGAAGUUAUACAUGUUUGUCCUUAUAAACCCUGGUCAAAGACCUUUCAGCAAUAUGCAGUAUAAUUAUACCUGGAAUUUCAUGGUUAUUAUAAAGGAUGUUUUUAUGUGAUUCAUGAAAGGAAAUUUUUUUGACCAAGGUACCUCCCUCAAUAUUAUUUUUUUAGCACAUUUACGAGGAGCUUUGUGGACUGAAGUUCAGAAUCUCUGCAGAUUCAUUCUUUCAAGGUAAAUCUGUUAAAAUAAUUUGUAUUGAAACUUGAAAUUCCAGCAAGGAUAAAACAUUGUUUGCUUCUCCCUUUAGUAAUGUCACUAUCAUCAGCAAUUAACUUUUUAAUUAUUUUGCCAGUUGAAAUUGUUCACUGUGCGAAAAUUUAACAAACACAAAGAAAAUACAACAAGUGGCAAAGCUAUUUGAGCUGGGUUGUUGUUGUUGUUCUUGUGCUUGGAUUUAAUUAUGAUCGUUUGGUUUUCUCUUAGUUAACACAAAGGCAACUGAAAAGCUGUUUGACUUGUUGAAAGAAUGGUGUGGGGACAACCUGGAUGAGACAGUGGUACUUGGUAGGAAAGAACUAUUUUAGUCAUUAAAGGGGGGUGUUAUACGCAAAUUAAUGCCCCCUCUCCAAUUCUAUUUCUGCCCAUAACUCUUCUUUCUAGUGUCUGUGCUUGGCUUGAAACAACAUUGAGUUUUAGCUCAGAUUAAUUUACCUUUCCAAGAGACUCAGCUGAAAUUUUCCUUUGCAUUUUCUGUGUAACUUAAUGCACUCCUGAAAGCAAAUAGAACUCAAAUGAGUAUCGCGUGUUAAGGACUGAACUGCUUUAUGACGAAAUGAAAUGGGACAGCUUCAAGUAUGGCCAGGCAGUACUUCAGUGGGGGUACAUGUUUUGCUCCAUGGCAAGACUAGUGUCCCCAUCCUCCCCUGGCUUUGGCGCGGCCUCUGUUCUGUUUUGUUCUUAAAAUGUUUAAACUGACCAUGGAAUAGCGAAAUCUAACUUUAACUGGUUUUCUUUUAAAACACUAUGUUGUACCCAGCACAAGAGUAUUGACACUUAAUAGUCGUGUGACUGUCAAACGUUUUGAUUUGUUAUUUCUAUAUUUCCUUUUUCCAAGACAUUUGCUGUGGCACUGGUGCACUUGGACUUUGCCUAGCUCAGGUACUCGUAUGUUACAUCAUUUACAGCAAAUUAUCCAACAGCAGGGCACUAGAGCAUUUUUCUCUCGUCUCUGUUUUUGUAUGUGGCAAAUAUAUUCCACCUUGCUCUGUAUGUCGGCUCAGUUAUGUGCUACAUCAAAACCGUUCAUUUAUCACCACAUUAACAUAAUCUACACGUAUGCUCUAUUCACUGCAUGUAUAGCCCUUUAACCCUUUCACUGCCAGAGUGUUUGAUGGAGUUUUGUAAGGUGACUAUAACUUUUGAGUCUGUGGACGAAAUCCUAUGAUGUGACCAUUCAAAUGAAAGCUACUGAGCAGUACUUUAACAUGGUGCUAUUUGUUUGUCAAAAUUUUAAAAAAAGAAAUUUGGAAAGUUGGUCGAAAUUUGCCUUUGGCCACAUUUGGCAGUGAAAGGGUUAAGACCCAAGCGUGAUCACAUCAAUUAUUUCCCAACAAUAUCAAUACAUAAUCAAGAGGAAAGGUUAAAGAAUUAAUAAAAUGAUCAUCAAAGGGACAUUUCUUUGUUCUUUUAUCAAUUUUUUUCAGGAAAUGUAUGGAGAUCCAUCUGUAUGUAGUAUGUAGAGAUUGGGGCUUAAUUAAAGGGGUGACUUGACAGACGCGGCAAAACCGAUUGUUGAAUUUAUGAUUUCAUCUUUCAGAGUGUUAAACGUGUGAUUGGCGUUGAAAUCAUCGAAAACGCUGUUAAGGAUGCAAAGGCAAACGCAGAACUCAAUGGUGAGUGACAGUCUCUUGCAGUUUUCCGUGACUCCAAAACCCACCUUAUGUAGACUGAUUAAUUCUAUCAUCCAGUUGUGUAAGUGUGUUCUCAGCGUGCAAAAAAAGAAGUGUCCGAUAGCCCGGGGCUAGUGGAUUUUGCUAUCGGGCGGGGCUAGUGAAUUCUGUUUUUAACUUGCCCGACGGGCAAGUGAUGUUUUUUGAGAAAAUCGAAUACGAGAAGAACUGUCUAAUCAAUUCUGCUCAUCAAAACGAUUUUGGGGCUAGUUGAAAUGACGUCUGGGCUAGUAAUUGCUAGCUUCAGCUUGCCCAAAUGGCAAGCUGUGAAAAUGAUUUUCUUUGCACCCUGGUUCUGUCGAUACAUUGCUGAGGGUAACCUACAAUGGACUAACAUCUCAUUAAGCGGGGAACUUGUGAGGGAGAGGGGUGGGGGAGCGGGGGGUAGCAAAGGGGGUUAGUGACAGCCUAGUAGCCUGAUCCUCUCACCUUUUUUCCCUUUCCACGCCUGCCACCUGGGCUAUACUUGUACUAUCUUGAACAAAAUACAUGUAGAUGAAAAAUAUAUCUCUCCUCUCCUCUCCUCCAAAUGAAGGAACGGGGUCUUCCAUUCCGUUUCAUCCAGGGCCUAUUUCUACUGAAACCGGGAUUAACUUUGGCCCAGUGGGCGUCAUUGCUGGUGUGGGCUUUUUAAUGCAUUUUGCCCCAAAUUAUGUAAUCGUUAAGAAUGCCACUGAAUAAUUUACCUGUACUGUAUUUACUAUAGGCGUCACAAAUGCUCAGUUUGUUUGUGGUAAGGCAGAGGACAUUAUCGUUGACGUGUUCAAAAACAUGCCACGUAAGACAAAAAUCAUUGGCAUCAUGGACCCGCCUCGUGCUGGACUGCGUAAGUAGAAUUAAGCAACAUUUAAAGCAGACUCAAAGAUUUAAUUAGACCCAAAGCUUUAAGCCACCUUGAAGUUACUGCGAUCCAGCUUCAUUAGAAUGGUCACACUCGAGAAUCUUAGUGAAAUUAUAAAAGUUAAAAGGCGUGAAUGCGUGACACCUCAUUUACUGUACUGCUCAAAAGUACAUUAAUCUGUAGUAAUUGCGUCCAGGCUCCCUCCUCUUGUAUGAACAAUGGAAACUGGAGAGGCCAUAGUAACGAGGUUGUUGUGUAUUUUGUCUCACAGACCAGUCAGUUCUUGCAGCUGUAAGGAAGAGCCGUCGAAUGGAUAAGCUAAUCUACGUGUCUUGCAACCCAAGUGCAGCUUUCGUUAACUUUCUUGAGUAAGAAAUCUGUAUUUUAUGCUAAGGAAUAUUAAAGUAUGGUUAUCUUUAAUGUUUCCCUCCCUAUUUGUCAUGUUGACGAGACUGAAGCUCGUCCCCAACUCCUCCUCCCAAGAAAACUAACCUUAUUGUCGGCUAUUACUGCUGUGCAGGUCUUGUUUGUGUUUGUGUGUUUCUUUAUUGUAUUAAUGUUAUUAGUUCGUACGAGGAAGGAAAAUACAGUCGAAGCUCUUGUAAGCGACUACCGGGCUAAAAAGUUGGAGGAAGGUUUCGGCGUUUUCUCGCUGCUGUGACUGGGGGAAAUGUUUUGUUGGUACUGAACUGUAUAGUGGUUGGUUGCUUAAGUGAGGUGGUCGCAUGUGGAGGCAAAUAAACUGAAUCGUUCUUAGUCAUUGAACUGCACAGAUCGUUUUUAGGCAGGUCUAAUGUGUACUUCUUCUUUCAGUUUGUGCAGACCAACAUCGAAGAGAAUCAAAACAGCACCAUUCAGGCUGGUGAAGGCCGUCCCAGUAGAUCUGUUCCCGCACACCAAACACUGUGAACUGCUGCUGUUGUUUGAGAGGGACAUGACGUCAGUUGACGCGGCCAAGUUUUACAAGUGGUACUACUAA